CUGUUUUGCCUCAGCCAAUCGAAUGAAUGUUUCAAAAAUUUCAAACUUAAAUUUGACCAACGUACACCGAGUGGAUGCUAAGCUUUUUCCGUCUUCGGAAAGUAAAUAUUUUAUUUCAAUGCAUUUUGUUCCCACGGUGUGGGCUGUUUGAAAAGUGGUGACAAAAUGAUCAAACGAAGCGAAUAAUUAACAAUAAGAAUUAGUGGGAACGAUUAUAUUUGAAUAUUGUUCAGCUGUUGACGGUAGUUCGUUGUAACAUUUUCUCAAGAAUUUGGUUUAUUAUACAUUAAUAUGAUGGACAAUUGUUGUGCUCCGCAAUGGGCAGACUUCACUUGCAGCCCACAGCUGCCUUCUGACAGUUAUUUCGAGAUAGAGCACGAAAUACACAAUGCUCAAAUGUAUUUGAAAUCGAAUUUGAAAUCUGAUUCAUCCUUACCAUCUAAUGAAGAAAAUCUGGGAGAGGAAUCAUUGAUUACCGAAACAAAAUUCGAUGAUAGUUUAGAACCUGCACAAGAUAAGUGUACUAAUAUGGUAUUUUUCAUACCGCAUGAUAAUAAAAAACAGCCUGCAAAAGAGACAAAUAAUGAUAACGUAAAGAAAGAUACAAAAUGCUCGAAAUCUAAUAAACUUUAUCAUGCAUGGAAUGUUUCUAUAGCUGAUCUAACUUCUGUGUUCAAAGCAACAUCGGAGCCACAAAGACUUAAAGCAGCAGCUGAGAAAAUUAGGAAAAGUGCAAUUGUUGAAAUGAAGAAUAACAUCUUUCGUAAACCUUCAAAGAAAGCUAACACACAAAAUGCAUUAAAAAAAAUAAACAAUGACCCAGUAGCAAAUGCAAAAGUUAAUAAUUGUUCUGAGUAUGGUGAAGCGAAUCCUUUGAACAAAGAAUUACCCUAUAAAACUGUUUCAGCACAGCGGAGGCAGUCCGAUAUCUUUAAAACUAAGCAAUCGCAACGUAAAGUGCUUACAUGUCAAUAUCGUAGACGAAGUUUGAUGAAAUAUCGUAGAUGUUCAAAUCAAUUUGUAAGUAUGGCAGAAGCAGUGUCUAAAUUCCAAAAUGGAACACCUCAACGAUUUCGAACCAUUAGUAAAAAAGACUUGAAGCCAGGUCCCUUAAUGAAAUUAAAACGGUCCCCAUUGAAACUGACUCAUCCAAUUUCUCCUGCAUUAAGAUCUAAGCAAAGAGUAAGACAUACUAAUGUUUUGAGUAAAGAGGAACGGGAAGCUAUGGAACUUGAAGAGAUGAAGAAAAAUCAAAUAAAAGCGAAUCCUGUUCCUGUUAAUAUUUUAAAGGGACCAUCCGUGUUAAAAAAGGUUGUAAAGAAACCAGUUACUAUCACAGAGGAGUUUAAAUUGACUCAGUCAAGGAAAACACGUUACACAGCAGUUCCCCAAGUAAUAGAACAAUGUGAUCAGAAGAGCACUGUACCAAUAAGUCAUUCCACUGGUGCAUUGACUGUUGAAAAAGAUGAUAAAAUACAAACUCAUAAGAACACUGUAUCAGUAACUUGUUCAACCAAUACCUUGACUGUUAAAAAAGAUGAUAAAAUACAGAGUCAUAGAGGUACUGUUUCAAUGAAUCGUUCCACCAGUGCUUCAAGUGUGACUAAAAAAAAUAUAAAAGUUGAGGCUCGUAAGACCAGUGCACCAAUAAAUCGUUCUACCAGUGCCUCAAACGUUACCAAGAAAGAUAGCAAAGAGGGAACUCAUAAGACUACUGUACCAAUAACUCGUUCUAUCAGUGCUUCAAAUGUUGCUAAGAAGGAAAACAAAGAAGGAACUUAUAAGUACACUCUACCAAUGAAUCGUUCUGUCAGUGCAUCAACUGUUAGAAAACAUGAUAAACUACAGACUCCGAGAAACACUGUAGCAAUAAGUCGUUCCACUAGUGCCUCCAGUAUUUUUAAAAAAGACGAUGCAUGCACCAAACAGUCCACUGAUAAUACUGCACGAUCUGUGUCAAACGUGUUGCCGUACAGUUUUGAGGCACGCAACAAGGAAUUUCAGAUGAAGAGGGAAGAAAAACUGAAGAACUUACAGGAGCAAGAAACAAAUAAACUGAAAACUGGGUUCCACGCGAGGCCCAUACCAAAAUUUUCGAAACUGUUAAACUCGGUUAAAGAACCUGUAGACAAGAAAAAAACAGUGGUCUCGUGUCCUUUUAGUUUCGCCGAAAGAGAUAAGGGCUUGGCUAAGAAGAAAGAACAUUUUGUUAAACAGAUCCAGGAGAAUAACAAGAAGUCGCGUGUAUUUCACGCCAAUCCUGCGCCGACUUUUAAACCUGUAACGGUGCAUGGUUUGUCUAAAGAGAACACACAAAGCAAAGAGAGAAACGUGAACAAAGAAUGCACAACGAAACAAAUUAAAAUCGUUGUCGAUCAAGAGAACAAGCAGCCAAAUAUUAUCGAUGCGAACGAAGAAAAGAAAAGCGAAACGAAGGAGCAAGCAACCAACAAAACGCAUAAGAAACCGCUUAAAGACAACAGCGACAAUGAGAACGAUAAAGACUCGGUGAAGGGUAAUCAAAAGAAGACUGUUGCGUUAGAAUUGAACAGCGAUAAAAGAGCGAAGAAACGAGAGGAAUUCGACGAGAAGAUAAGAAAGAGAGAGCAAGAAAUGGAAGCAAAGCGACAGGAAGAGGAAAAGCUUAGACUGCUCAAAGAAAAAUCCGAAAGAGCCGAGCUUCGCAAGUUAGCAGAGGUGAAAGCGACACCGAUGCCAGUAUACAAGCCAAUGAUCAUACUGAAAUCCACUAAAAUGCCAACCAACCCUAAAGAUCCCAAGUGGGCAAGCAAGAGCAGAUUGAAAAACACGCCGCAAGUUUGAGAGCUUUUAUAGUUUAAGAUAAAAGAUAUUUUUAUGAUUCAUGAUUGUACUA